ACCUGAGACUAACAUAAUCAGGCGCCCACUUACAAAGUUUCUAUCUCCUGUCUAUAAAUAUCUCUUGAAGUUUAUAUGUUUCUUCGUAUCAGCUUCUCACCAUUAACCACUUUGCUUCUGCUAUGGAGUUUCACUGCCUUGCAUUGUUUUUUUCUCUCAUUGUGAUACUGAUGGCUGCUCAGGCUGCCUUACCUCCAGAAGUUUACUGGGAAAGGAUGCUUCCAAACACACCAAUCCCCAAAGUAAUCAGAGAUUUUUCCAAGCUAGAUGGUGCCAAAGAGAUUUCAUCACAAGAGAAAUUCCCUUACUUCUAUACCUAUGGUAUUAAGAAAAAGGAAUUACAAGAUGGUUUCCCUUACUUCUAUACCUAUGGUAUUAAGAAAAAGGAAUUACAAGAUGGUGUCAGAGAGAUUUCAUCACAAGAGAAAUUCCCUUACUUCUAUGGCUAUGGUAUUAAGAAAAAUGAAUUAGAAGAUGGUGUCAGAGAGAUUUCAUCACAAGACAGUUUUGUUUCCAUAGAUGGUGUAAAGAAAAAUCAGUUCCAAGAUGAUUCCAAAGAAAUUCCAGCGCAAGAUGAGACAACUUAUGACCCUCAAUCGAAGGAAAAUGCUGUUCUUCGAGGGAUAGGCCCAGUUGCUAAUCAUCAUCAUCAUGAUCACUCAAAACCAAGUCUAUUUUUCUUAGAAGAAGGAUUGAGGCGGGGCACAAAAUUGGAUGUGCAGUUCCCUAAAAGAAAAAUUGUAACCCCGUUGUUGCCCCGAGAAAUUACAGAACACUUACCAUUCUCAUCAGAAAAGAUAAAUGAAAUAUUAGAGAUUUUGUCUGUGAAGCCAGAUUCUAAGAAUGCUGAGAAUGUGGAGGAAACUCUGAAGAUCUGUGAAGAGCCUGCAAUGAAUGGUGAAGAAAAACACUGUGCAACUUCAGUAGAAUCCAUGGUAGACUUUGUCACUUCUAAACUUGGCAAUAACGCCCAUGUUACUUCUACAGAAAUUGAAAGCAAGUCCCAAAAGUUCAUAGUUAAAGAUGGAGUGAAGAUUUUAGCAGAAGAAGAGAUAAUUGCAUGUCACCCAAUGAAUUACCCAUAUGUUGUGUUUUACUGCCAUAAGAUAUCAAAUAGCACUGCACAUUUUAUACCAUUGGAGGGAGAAGAUGGAACAAGGGUUAAAGCUGUAGCAGUGUGCCACAAAGACACGUCAGAAUGGGAUCCAAACAAUAUUGCAUUCCAAGUUCUCAAAGUCAAGCCUGGGACCGGUUCUGUGUGUCAUUUUUUCCCUGACGGUCAUCUUAUUUGGUAUGCUAAAUAGGGUUAUAAGGCAUGAAAACUGUCCUUAAAUUAAAUAAGGCAUUUCUGGAUUGUGUGAUCAUGUACUCUUUCAGCCUACAAUAUCUUUCUCUUUGUUCGGAAUUAUGUAAGAUAUCAUGAAUGUAAAAAUGAUGAUGAUGCGAUGUAUGGUUUGUGUUA